AUGCGUGCCGCUCUCUUCAAAUAUUGGCCACCCUCGGACUUUGCAGUCAAGUACCUGCAUAGCCGUAUCUUUGACUUCAAACCAGAUGCUUUCACGUUGCCCGUAACGCCUACUCGCGAAUUCUGGAUACAUGUAAUACAGUCAAAGAUUGAAGCUACAAUCAAGAACGAAGGUGACGUGAUUGGAUGGGAAGAUGACGAAGAAACCGUGGGACCUGUCGCACUGGCAGCGAAGCAAUCUCUCCUCAAAGCGAUACCACAUCUACUACCGCAGGAGAGUUCCGACAUCUUGUACAGGCUAGUGUUUGAGCACGGUGACUUUGGGAUACACAACACUUCGAUCAUCACAGACGAUGACCGUAAGCCCGGAGUCACGUCGCUAUAUGAUUGGGAGACAGCAUGCAUCGUUCCAGCUCUACUAGCUGACCCACUUGUCGCGGCUGGUCCUGUGGAUCUGAUUACGAACGAGCAUGCUGAGCCAGCUGUUACUAGGAUACCUGGAUCAUCGACAGCUGCAGAACUAGAAGCAUAUGCCACCUGGUCGCGACAUUACAUCAAGGAGUUGUACACGCAUGCGCCAGAUUUCGAAUUCGCGAUCAAAGCGGGAAAAGAUGUGCGCUACCUCUGGUUUGCGCUGCGCGACUGGCAUGGUGGUGAAUCCGAAAAAUUCUUCGGCGACCUUGGAGCUUGGGCAGAGGCACAAUUGAAGGAUAUGGGCAUCCCGUGA